CUCCCUGCAUGGCCGUCUGCUCAGUAUCGUCUUCCCAGCAGCAUUUUUAGCUGCUGAAUUGCCUGUUUGCUGUGAUAAAAGCCCAGCUAACACUAUUAAUAAUGCAUUCAUGUUCUUCAAAGCACGACAUGCACUUUCAUCUUUGUUUCCUGCAUCACUUUCCUGUUCCUCUGACUGAUGCCAGUGUUUGGUUGGGAGGCGGGCUGCACUGCCUCUUGUGUCCACACACCCAAUCAGAUCUAGAUGUUGUGCUGGAGUCCCAGCCUGUCUGACUCUGUGGCCGUUGCUUGGAAACUGCAACCAUGGCUUUGUAAUUCAAUCCAACGAAUCGUCCUCAAGGGAUUAAAUGGGAAGGAGGCAAGGAGGCAUUAUUUGUAAAAGCACGGGGGAGAGUAAAUGACCCAGGAUGGACUCGAUUUCUCACACUGCUGAACAGGAGCAUGAAAUGUUAGUGAGUGGAAAGCACAUGGGAUGCAAUGUGCCUAAUUACUCUUGCAGUUAAAUCUAAUAAAGCCAUAUAAUAAUAAAAUGCACUAAUAAUAACAACAACAAUAAUUAUAAUAAUUAUUAUCAUAAUCACAGCCCUAAUAAUAGCUGUAAUGUUGUGCUCUUUGUUAUAUCAGAUGCUACAUCUCUAGGCAAGGAGGGCUAUAUUUCAAGCAUCGUGACACAUCCCUCCUCUGACACACCAGCGUGCUCUGUCCAAUAGGCAGCAACAAGCAGUUGCCACACACUUUCUCACGUGGUGUCGUACUGCUCCAGGAAGUUAGACACUGAAAGGGUUAACAAAGAGGAGGAGGAUGCAAAAUGGUUUGAAGUCAGUAUGUGUGAGAGAGAGGAAAGAGAAGCAAGGAAGAGCUGAGGAAGGAAUGUCCUAACACGCGUGAUGCUAGAGAUAAAAAGGGAAGUGCUUGCAGCUUGAAUUUAGCCCUUUUCCUGAAUCUCUCUCCAUCCUCGUCCUGCAACAUCUUGCUGCUGCUUCAGCCUUAUUAGAGCUAUAUUAUAGCUAAGUGGCUCUGCAGCUGCAGCAAUCAGGCUGAUCUCAUCUCUUGAGUGCAGCAGGACUGAAUUCAAAUUCUAAAUGUGCGAGAGUGAGUGAGGACUUUGUUGGGAACUCCUGCCAGAGAGAGAGACGGGGACUAACAAAGUGAGCCAUCGAGGGGAAACGCUAGGGCUCAGUGUGGUCCUGGAGGAGAGUGGUGAACCACAGAGGUAAGAUGAGUCUAAACAACGGCCAAAGUCUGACUGUCGGCGGACAAGAUUUCACCAAGAAUGGAGGCAACAGCAGCCGACCCCCUUGGGAAGAUGCGAGGGCAGUUUUGAGGCCCUCGACCCCCACCAGGAAACCUAAAUCACCCAAGCCUGAAAAUGCCAUCACCAUCGCCGUGUCAUCUCGAGUCCUCUUCAACAUGGAGAAGGAGCAGCAUAUCUAUGAACAGCAAGGCAUGGAAGAGUACAUCAAGUACCAAGUGGAGCACGAAACGGAGGCGUUCAGCCCUGGACCUGCUUUCUCCUUUGUCAAGGCUCUGGAGGCUGUGAACGCUAAACUGAGGGAGCUUUACCCCGAGAGCGAGGAGCUCUUUGAUGUUGUGCUCAUGACCAACAACCACGCAAAUGUGGGCCUAAGACUCAUCAAUACCAUUAAUCACCACCAGCUGUUUAUUGAGCGCUUCUGUAUGACUGGAGGAAACAGUCCCAUAGGAUACUUGAAGGCCUAUCACACUAAUCUUUACCUGUCUGCUGACCCUGUCAAGGUUCGUGAAGCUCUGGCAGAAGGUAUAGCAGCAGCCAUCAUGUUCACUCCGGAGAAGAUGAAGGAAGUAUCGGACACUCAGCUCCGUGUUGCCUUUGAUGGCGAUGCCGUCCUCUUCUCAGAUGAGUCUGAGCGGAUUUGCAAGGCCCAUGGACUGGACAAGUUCUUUGAGCACGAGAAGGCGCAUGAAAACAAGCCUCUAGACCAUGGGCCACUGAAGGGCUUCCUGGAGGUUUUAGGAAAGCUCCAGAAGAAGUUUUACGGCAAAGGUCAGCGGCUGGACUGCCCUAUUCGAACCUACCUCGUGACAGCUCGGAGUGCAGCCAGUUCUGGUACCAGAGCCCUAAAAACGCUGCGCUCCUGGGGUCUGGAGAUCGAUGAAGCUCUCUUUCUUGCCGGCGCGCCCAAAGGCCCAAUGCUGGAGAAGAUCAGGCCACAUAUCUUCUUCGAUGACCAAAUGUUUCACGUGGAGGGGGCAGCAGAAAUGGGGACGGUGGCGUGCCACGUGCCAUAUGGGAUCGCUCAGAGAGUAGUAAAAAAGGGAACAAAGGACAAAGAGACUCCUAAUGCAUCCAAAUAGCUGAGGUAUCACUGUGCAGGAGCACAGUAUACAGGGGCAUUGGCAUUUAGCAUGAUUUUACUACUGGAAGAAGUACGCUGUCCUGGAUUAACAGUGCAGGUAGUUAAUGCAAUAUCACAUAAUUAAAAAUAUAUAUGUUAAUAUUUAUCAAAGCAUUUAUUUUUCGCUAACACAUCAUUAUUAUUUUUAUCAGCAAGUAAAAAAUUUACAGGUUGUAUCAAAUGGCUUUAUUAAUUAAUCUUACGGAUUUACAUUAAGAUAUUAAACAGACAUUAAACGUUUAUAUUGCCAGGUUAUAAUAAUUUUCUUUUAACUAUAUAACAGGGAUUGCUGUUGAAAAUGCUGUUAACAAUUUUUUAUAAAACAUAAUAAAACACAGAAUUUAUUGACAGAAUAAAGAAUGAACUUUCCACAAAGAGAUUCGAGUCAACAUGAAUUAAUCGUCAUCUUAUUCUGUUCUAUUAAAUCUGAAUAAAUCAUUCAGGCACCAUUAUUAAAAGUCAUUAGUCAUAAAACCCUUAAUCAAGAUGAUGUCCUAUUAUAACCUGUUUCUUAAAGUGGCAUUUCAAUUUAACAUUUAUUCUUGGUGAUUCAUCUUCCGUACAAAACAGAUAUUCAUUUAUUUUCUUUACUGCUAUAUGUUUAAGUGACAUAUCUUAUAAAAGAGAAAAAACUUUUUCAAAGUAUUGGAAAUACUCAUACUCUAAAGGAUAAAUUUAUUAGACUCUAUAUUUAUUUCUAAAUAAUAAUAUUUAGACUCCAGGAUACUAAAGAAACAUGAAGGAUACGUUUUUGUUUUGUGGAUUUGUGCAAUUCAUUCACUUUAAUUCUUGUCUUCAAGUUUGAGUUUUGCAAGCUGGUGCCUUCUGUUGUUGUCUUCUGUUGUAUUAUGAUGUAUGCUUUUAUGUGACUUUUGCAUGUUGGUGGUAUAUAUGCUGUAUAUGUAGGUUAUAUGAAUGUACCUUAAGAUUUAAUAUUUUUGAAAAUAUGUAUGUACGUUACUUUUUAUUUAUUUAAUGUUUCUCCUUGUUCACGAUGACAGAGAGAAGUCUAAAUAUAUUCAGCGUUUACUAACCGUUACCAUGUGCAGUUUUAAUUUCUACUACUUUCUCCUGAAGUGCCGAAAGUUCAGUGUCCCAAGUUUUCAUUUGUCUGCCUCUGUCUGUCUAGUUUUGUCAUGAAGUUGUGUUGAUGCUGUUGCACUUUAUCGUUCUGUGAAUGAAUGUGAAGAAAGUUGGUGUUGAAUGAGACCAAUGUUGCUGUCAGAUGCGAAAUCUGGUUAAAAGUGGGACAAAUGUGUAGCUGUUUUUCUGUUUCAAAAUGGAAGUAAAAACCUUGUAAAAAAUAAUUGAA